CAUCCGGGCUCAACCUCCGUGAGCUCCACAGAUGAUGAUGAUUUGCUCAAAAAAAUUCUCAUCAUUAUCCUCCGCAACAACAAAUCCUUCCGCCCGCUCUCCUCCUCUCCGAUGGCGCAACUGCAAGCCAUCUCCCUCUCGCUCCCCACCCACAACCACCACGCCCCACCUCCCCACGCAAGAUCCCCGCCUCCGCCCAUCCUCCACGCCCGCGUGCCUCAGACUCACCUCCUCAGAGCCGCCGACUCCCUCACCGCGGCGCUACGAGGCGGCGGGGGAUCCUUCCGCGACGCGCGGUUCCUUGUCUCCCUGCUGCGCCAGUGCGCCGACCUCCUCCUCCGCGAGGACGAGGCCGAAUGCGUCGACGUCGCCCGGCGGCUCGCGCCGCAGCUGCACUCGCUGGUCGUCAGGGCGGGCCGCUCGCGGGACCCCCACGUCGCGUGCGCGCUCGUCGACCUCCUCGCGCGGCUGGGCCGCGGAGCCUCGGGCAGGCGGUUGCUCGAGGAGGCGGAGGACGGAAAGGACGCGGUGCUGUGGAACAAGCACGUCGCCAUGCUCGCUGAGGCCGAGGAGUGGACAGAGGCAAUCGCCGUCUUCAGGGAGAUGCAGGCGCGCGGGGUUCCCGCCGACGGCUACGCGUGCGCGCGGGUGCUCCACGCGUGCGGCCGCGCGGGGGCUCCGCGCGAAGGGAGGGCCGUGCACGCGCACGCCGUCAAGGCGGGAACCGACGCGCACCCGCUCGUGCCCGGGUUCCUCGCCGGCAUGUACGCCGAGAACGCGGACGUGGCCGCGGCCAGGCGGGUGCUCGAGGCGAUGGCGACGGAGAGCGUCGUCGCGUGGAACGCUGUGGUCGCGUGCUGCGCGCGGCUCGGGCUCGUGGACGACGCGCUCGAGCUCACGGAACGCAUGGCGAGGUCGGGGCCGGAGCCCAGCUUGGUCACAUGGAACACCUUGCUGUCCGGCUGCUCGCGGCACGGGCGCGACCGGGAAGCGUUUGGCGUUGUCGGGAGCAUGUUGGAGCAAGGCCUGCGACCGGACGCGACCACCAUGUCCAGCCUUCUCAAGUCUGUGGCCAACUCGGGGCUGCUUGCCCAUGGCAUGGAAGUCCAUUCCUUCUUUCUGAGGCACCAGCUCGAGCCGGACGUGUACACUGGGACGGCGUUCGUUGACAUGUACGCCAAGUGUGGCCGCCUCGAUUAUGCCCAGAAGGUGUUCGACGCGCUGGAGCUUAGGAACCUGACCACAUGGAACUCACUCAUUGCAGGGUACGCGAACGCCGGUCAGUUCGACAGAGCGUUAGAGCUCGUGGAGGAGAUGAAGAGGAACAGGCUCGAUCCAGAUAUAACCACUUGGAAUGGACUGAUCACCGGUUACUCGAUGAACGGGCUGAGUUCGCAGGCGGUGCUGCUGCUCCGGCAGAUCAAGGCAAUCGGUUUGGUGCCCAAUGUGGUUUCAUGGACUUCACUGAUCUCUGGGAGCUGCCAUAAUGGGGAAUAUGAGGAUUCGUUCUACUUCUUUAAUGAGAUGCAGAAGGACGGUGUACAGCCCAGCUUAGUUACCAUGUCGGUCUUGCUGCGCGCUUGUGCUGGGCUCGCGCUGCUGAAGAAGGGCAAGGAGCUGCACUGUUUUGUGUUGCGAAGAGCGCAUGAUCAUGACAUGGUUGUUAGAACAGCGCUAAUUGACAUGUAUGCAAAGGCAGGAAGCUUAACGAGUGCAAAACGGAUAUUUGAAAGGAUUCAGAAGAAUAAUUUGGUGCUUUGCAAUGCGAUGCUGACUGGGCUGGCAGUACAUGGGCAAGGCUGUGAGUCAAUAGCUCUGUUCCAUGACAUGUGCAGUUCAGGAUUGAAGCCAGACAGUAUAACCUUCACAGCACUGCUAACUGCCUGCAGAUCAAUGGAGUUGAUUACUGAAGGGUGGGAGUAUUUUGACAGCAUGGAAAGCAGAUAUGGCGUGACACCAACAGUUGAGAACUAUGCCUGCAUGGUUGACCUGUUGGCAAGGUGCGGAUAUCUGGAUGAAGCAAUGGACUUCAUCCAGAAGUCACCAUUCAAGCCAGCAGCAAGCUUAUGGGGAGCCCUUCUAACAGGUUGCACGAUACAUGGAAAUCUUGCUCUUGCUGAGGUGGCUGCGAGAAAAUUGUUCAAACUAGAGCCGUACAAUUCAGCCAACUACUUGCAGAUGGUGAGCUUGUACGAACAUGAACAGAUGUUUGAUGAAGCUGAGAGCCUGAAGUAUGCAAUGAAAGCAAGAGCACUGAAUACUAGACCUGGGUGGAGCUGGAUACAGAUUGAACAAAGUAUCCAUGUGUUUGAGGUCGACCGGAAGCCGCAUCCAGAUACCACAGAGAUAUAUGAAGAACUGAUUCGUUUGGUUUUUCAGAUCAGAAAGGCAGGGUAUGUGCCAGACACCAGCUGCAUAGUGUAUAAUGUUCCAGAAGAAGAGAAGGAGAAGUUGCUUCUCAGCCAUACUGAGAAGCUUGCGAUCACUUAUGGGCUGAUCCAUUCAGAUGCAAGCAGAGCACCCAUCAGGGUGAUCAAGAACACCAGGAUGUGCAAUGACUGUCAUGAGGUGGCCAAGCAUAUUUCAGCUCUAUGUGACCGGCAAAUUAUUCUUCGAGAUGCUGAUAGAUUUCACCAUUUUGCGGAUGGGAAAUGCUCUUGCAAUGACUGCUGAUGAAUAAUGAAUAACAUAUCAUGUUAAAAGGUCGGAUUAUCCACUUAGGUUAGCAGAUUUAAGAAGUAUCCCUCUAUUUAAUCAGGCCUGACAGCUGAAUUGCAAAAGAGCUUUCCAUGAAACAAAAGGAACUGACCAUCUCUGUGAACAGGGAGGAAUUCUAUGCCUGAACGGAACUGAGAGUAACAACAUUCACUUGGGAGAAUCAGAGCUAAUUUGUACAAAAUCCUGUCUCGGAUGUAGUCUGUACAUGGCGACGGUUGCACAUCAAGUGCACCGCCGCUAACAGCUUGACAUUUCCACAGCCCGAUAGAUGUAUCGCCAUGGAGCCUGACAUUCAACAGGCAGAUGUGACUGAAAAGUGAAAACCGAGUUCCUUAUGCCCCUUGUCAGUCCAGCUUGCCGGAUGUUCUGACCCCAGACAUUUCUUAUCGUCACACUGUCAACAACAGGAAGCACAUUCGGGUUGUAUGAUGUAUCAGGGUGGCCUCCAACAUCACCAGCAAUCCUCAUUCCAUACCGAGCUCCAUUCAAGGUCACUUCAGAGACAGUGAUGUUUCGGAUGAAUCCUCCCCUUCCUGAGUUGGUCUUGACAUGGAUCCCAACCCCCAUGCUGAAUAAAUUCAAGUGCUCGACAAGGACGUUCUCCACACCACCAGAUGUCUCACUUCCAACUGCGAAGCCAGCAAAUGGACCGGACCCUGUUAUCCUUCGAAUGGUGAUGCCGGAGCUUGGACGCCCAAAAGCAAUGCCAUACUCAUCCCAGCCACUCUUGAUGGAAAUCAAGUCGUCUCCUGUGGAAAUGUAGGAGUCCUCAAUGCAGACAUUGCUGCUAGAAUCUGCAGCUCUGAGACAUAGAUGUAACUUAAGAAUCAGGCACACACAAAAUUUGCAUGAUUUACAAAGUGACUGGAACAUCCAUUACAUAACCUAGGUCAAUCACAUCGGUGUUCGGGGAGUCAUGUGGUGCCAGCACAGUCGCGUUUGCUAUUACUGCAUUCCUGCAUAUACAGGAAGUAGCGCACAUUUAGGACUGUGGUUUGUGACCCAUAACUGUCUCACAGAAGAGACACCACAUCAAUGUAAACAUUCGACACCACAUUAAUGUUCAGUUAAUCAGA